GCAGCACAUCACACCAGCCGGUAGCCACACACACGCAUUACACCUACACCUACCUACUACUCUCAGUUGUUGCAGCCGUCUUCUUUGCAGUUUGGUCCGAACCAUCGCCAUCUCCAUCUCCAUCGAACGAUCACACGUCGGAGUAUCAGAGGUGAGCGGCGGCGGCGUCGGAGGAGGAGGAGGAGCAAUGGUGAAGAGUGGGCAGGAGGCGGCGCCGGGGAGCGGCGGCAAUGCGGCGGCGGCUGCGGCGAGGCAGGGCGGAGGAGGAGGAGGGAGAGGGAGGCAGUACAAGGGGGUGAGGAUGCGGAGCUGGGGGUCGUGGGUGUCGGAGAUCAGGGCGCCCAACCAGAAGACGCGGAUAUGGCUCGGGUCCUACUCCACCGCCGAGGCGGCGGCGCGCGCCUACGACGCCGCGCUGCUCUGCCUCAAGGGCUCCGCCGCCGACCUCAACUUCCCGGUGCACCUCCCCUUCCACAUCCCCGCCGCCGCGAUGUCCCCCAAGUCCAUCCAGCGCGUCGCCGCCGCCGCCGCCGCCAAUGCCACCAGCCCCCUCCAGCACCACAGCGGCGCCCCCUCCUUCGCCACCGCCACCGGCGGCUACAACCCCGCGGCCGCGCCCACCACGCCGCCGUGCAGCUACGGCGACAUGUCGUCGUGCUCGGCCGUCAGCUCGCCGGAGACCGCCAACUACUACGGCGCCGACCACGACAUGGUGGCGCGCGAGGACGACGUGGACUACGCCGCGCUCGCCGACAUCGACGCCUUCUUCCAGUCGCCCAAGUGCAUGGACUACUCCAUGAUGGACCCAUGCAGCACGUUCUUCUCGCCGGCGCCGGAGUCCCUCGCCGCCGAGUGGGAGGACGAAGGUGAGAUCAGCCUCUGGAGCUUCUCCUCCCUCAACUGAUCGAUCGAACCGGAGAUCGAUGGAGACCAAAUCCAUGGAGGUGAUCGAUCGAUCGAAGCCUCCACACUCUCCAGUGAUCACCAUUAAGCGCAAAUUCAAUUACUGACUGAUAUAUCAGUACGUGACCAAGAAUUGGCCACGGUACAAUAAUAAUCAUAUAAUCAUUCAAUUCAUAACUAUUAUCUACAUAUAUAUAUGUAGUAUAUACUUAAUCAAUGUACUAGUGCUACUGCUUCUUGAUUAUUUUAGGCUAAUUCUGAAUUGCGUGGGAGCUCUGAUGAAGCUACAUGUUUUAAGGCAGCUUUCCAUGGAGCAAAACUCCCCUCAAUUCCAUGUCAUACCAUGUGUAAAAGUGGUGUUCCUGCAAUUGCAAGUAAUGAAGUAUAAUCAAUUACUAUGAUGUUAAUUAUACUCCUCUCAA